CACGGUGAACACAAGUUGCUGUGAGCGAACGGAGCAAGCACGUCAGCUACAAAGGAGUUCAGGAUCCCUUUAACAACCAAGUCAGAGAGGGGCAUCUUUACACAGAAAAUCACAGACGAGGGAUGUAUCUACAGAUGACCCAGGAUGGGAAAGUAUCCGGAAGUGAUGUCCAGACGCCUUAUAGUUUGCUUCAGUUGCAGUCGGUACAACCAGGUCACAUCGCCGUUAAAGGUCAGAGGUCAUCCCUGUUUCUUUGUACAGACAGCGGGGGCUCUCUGAGGGGGCAGAUACACUUCUCAGAAGACGAUUGCACCUUCCAAGAGUUACUCCUGGCGGACGGAUACACCCGUUUCCUGUCCUCACACCACAGACUUCCUGUGUCAUUGGCGUCCAGGCGUUCCCCGGAUCAACACGCUAUCCCCUUCACGAGAUUCCUGCCACUCAAGGAUACCCUUCCAUUGGAGGCUGCAUCCGAGGAACCUCCAAAACCAGAGAUGAACUUCAACUUGGACUCUGAUGACCCUCUUGGAAUGGGUCAGAAUUCCAUGCUUAGUCCUCAUUUUUCAGUGGACAAGUGACAAAGGAAAGAAAGCAAAUUGUAAACAUCUACCGGUGAACAUAUUUAAAUUAAGUUAACUGUAUUUAAAACUAUAUUUGCAAGGUUGAUAAUAUAUUAUUGUAUUUAUUUAAAUGUGUUUAAUGUCUAUUUAUAAUUUCUAAAGAUGAUGAGUAUUUUUAGUGAAUUUUUUUUUAUUUUAUUGUGAAC